AUGAGCGUCCGGGGUCUCCGGUACCAGAUACUACCACCGCCGGCCAACGGCGGCAUCAACGAGCCACAAGACUGUCCGUACUGCCGACGGACGUUCAGCUGCUACUACUCACUGAAAAGACAUUUCCAGGACAAGCACGAGCGGUCCGACACGCUGUACGUGUGCGAGUUUUGCCGGCGGCGGUACCGCACCAAGAACAGUCUGACCACGCACAAGAGUUUGCAGCACAGGGCCACGGCGGUGGCGCUCAAGCGUCCGGCGAAGCCGACCGCUGCGGCCGCCGCCUCCGACCCGUCGUCUCCCGCCCGUCACCAUACCCGUCCUCCUCUUCCUCCGCAUCCGAAACCGUUUUCGUCGUCUUCUCCGUCGUCGUCGUCGUCGUCGUCGUCGUCUCCUUCGUCUUCUCCGUCGUCGUCUUCGCCUUCGCCGUCGCCGUCGCCGUCCACAACGCCUCCGCCGGCACCGCCCCCGCCGUCACCGCUGUCCGGGGCUGCCGCCGAUUUCAGCGGCUACCGUUCGUCACUGCCAGCGAUCGCGACGCGUUACGCUUAGUACGCUAAGUCCGUGCCCGCUGAUCGCUCGCUCCUCGAACGUGCAGAACACGUCGCGCCGGAAACGACCGGAAAGACGCGCGCGCCAACUCGUACCGCGCACCUCCGCCGGCUUGUCGCCGCUCGUUUCCAGUGCAACGUCCGAUUUUUUUUUUCUUUUUCUCUCUCUUAUCCAUUCUAUCGUUACUGUUGUAGCGCAGUCCCUAGUGAACCAGUAGUAGCCGCUGCGGGGUGGGGGGAGAAGUUUGCUUGUCGUAACUUUUUUUUCCUUUACUUUUUAUUAUUCUUCUGUUAACUUCUGAACUCCGCGUGAAAGACCAUCGCGUCUUUUCUCGUCUUCGACAAGCGUUUUCAACAACAAGUACAUAGUAUAAUAUAUUUAUGUGUACAUAAUUACUAUAAAUAAAUUGAUUGUAUCGAAAUAUUAUUAUAAAAUAUUAAUUCUUGGUAAAAAAAAAAAAUUAAAAAAAAAAAAUGUUAUCUUAUAUAUUUACUUUUUGCGUGACUGCAAUUUGACUGACAUGAUUGAUCUACAUAAUUUUUUUUUUUUUUUAAUUAUUAUUUUAAAUUUAACAAAUCUAAUUAGGUACUUAUAAGGACAUAUCAUUAUUAAAAGCAACAUUUAUUAUUAUUAUUAUUAUUAUUUUGAUAACUAUUAUCGUUUAUCUUACGUUCUAGUAAUGAUUCAGGAGGAAAAAGGGAAGGAUAUGCGCGCAUAUUAUAUGGUCUGAAAGAAAAAAAAAAUUAAUGAUUCGUCCCUUCUCCACGUGUUUGUCGACAGUAUAUAGUUUGACGAAUAUUUGUUUUUUAUUAUUUGUAUAAAUAUCGAUGGAAAACUAGUCAUCGUUUUUUUUUCGAAUAUCAGUUUUAAUGUUUUGGGUGGAUACAUAAUAACAUAUUAUAUACUUCUUUGACGCAAAACUAUCAUACUAAAAAAUACUCUAAUAACAACUGACCACAAUUUUUUUUCUAUUCAUUACCCACAAAAACGUACAUAAAUAUUUUCUUUUAAGUCUUUUUUGAAAUAUAUUAUUAUUAUUACUAUCAUUAUCAACAUACAUGUGAUCGGUAAUAUAUUAUAUUAUAAUAACGAAGGGCUUUAACUUACUACAUAGGAACCUAACAGGAUACAUAUUAUUAUUAUUAUUAUUAUUAUUAUUUAACUUGGAUUAAUAUUACACUCACAUUUUCUACUGUUAUUACGUCAUAGAUUUGAUUUCGUUUUAUUUCUUUUUGAUAUCUUAAUUUUUUUUUUUACGGUUGAUGAUAUUCGUUGUUACACACUAAAUAAUAUAUAUAUUUAAUAGGCUCUAACAAAUAAAAUAUAAUAUACAGACUGACAGAAACAUUGGGUAU